AUGGUGCCGCCGCCAUUCUUGAAGAAGACAUUUCAAAUGGUGGAUGAUCUGAAUACAGAUUCUGUAAUAUCUUGGAGUUCAACAAGGAAUAGUUUUAUUGUUUGGGAUCCUCACAAAUUCUCCAUGGAUUUGCUCCCUAAACACUUCAAGCACAAUAAUUUCUCCAGCUUUGUUCGACAACUAAAUACUUAUGUAAAAGCAUCAAUUCUCCCAUUUUUGGUGUGGCUUAAAAAGAUUCAAGUAGUUGGUUUCACGGUUGGUCUCUUAAAACUUCGACUUCCUAGUACUCCCCUUAUAAUUCUCAUAGUCGAUCUUAAGUUUAGACAAAGGGGGAAGAAUGGUUUCAGAAAGAUCGAUGCCGAUAGGUGGGAAUUUGUGAACGAGGGGUUUCAGCAAGGGAAGAUACAUUUGCUGAAGAACGUUAAAAGAAAAAAUCAACGUACCCAAAUCAUUCAUCAGAAAGUAGCAUCACAAUCUUGGUUAGACUCGUCCGAGUACGGGCUAGAAAAUGAACUUGAGAAGUUGAGGAAGGAUCAAGACAUACUGAAAAUGGAAAUCUUGAAACUAAAGAAGCAGCAAGAGAACAAGGAAAAUUAUCGGUCUUCCAUUAAAGAUCGUCUGCAAAACGCUGAAACAAAGCAGAGAAAUACGGUGGUAUACUUGGUUAAAGUAUUGAAGGAUCCUCUCUUUUUGCAGUUUAUUAAGAAAAUGAGGCAGAAAAAUGUCCUAAACAGUGUUGGGAUGUUAAAGAAAAGGAGAUUAAUGAAGAACAUUGAUAAAAGUGUUCAAGAAGAGUUGACCCCAAUACAAUCAGAGAUACAAGCAUUAUUCUCUACAGACAAUUCCGGGUGGAACAAAAGGUUGAAGCUUCUUCUGAGGCGAAUAGUGUAG